UUAUGUAGGCGCCAAAUGAGAGAAAAUGGCCGCGCGUUUCUUCUUGUCAUUACGGUGACGCUUCGUCCCACGUGUCCGGAAGUAGUUCCGGCUCUUCUACGUCGCUUGCUGACAGAAACCGUCCGCGGGAGCGGUAGCGGAGCUGCGGAGACACUUCAGCCCGGCUGCUGACGCAGGAGGGCCGGCGGGGCAGCUGAGCCAUGGGCCUCCUGGCGAGGCUGCGGAAGGAGUGGUUCAUCGUCGGCAUCGUGCUGGUCAUCCUGUCGGCCAAACUACAACCCAGCUUCGGAGUUAAAGGAGGUCCAUUGAGGCCAGAGGUCACCAUCGCCUACAUCGCCGUCUCCAUCAUCUUCUUCAACAGCGGCCUGUCCCUGAAGACGGAGGAGCUGACCUCGGCGCUUCUGCACGUGCGCCUCCACCUGUUCGUCCAGUCCUUCACCCUCAUCUUCUUCCCGCUCGCCGUCUGGCUGCUGCUCCAGCUGCUGCAGCUGUCCUCCAUCGACCAAUGGCUGCUCAGAGGGUUACAGACGGUGAGUUGCAUGCCUCCUCCGGUCUCCUCCGCCGUCAUCCUCACCAAAGCUGUCGGAGGCAACGAGGUGACGCACACACACACACACGUACACACACACACACACACUGAUGCGUCAACAGGUCGUCGACCUUCGGUGUUUGUUUCCAUGAUGGCUGACACUUCUCCGUGUGCCCAGGCUGCUGCCAUCUUCAACUCGGCCUUUGGAAGCUUCCUGGGCAUCGUGGUGACUCCAGUGCUGCUGCUGCUGUUUCUCGGCUCUUCGUCCUCCGUUCCCUUCAGCUCCAUCUUCUCCCAGCUCUUCAUGACCGUGGUGGUUCCUCUGAUCCUGGGUCAGGUCUGUCGAGGCUUCCUCAGGGACUUCUUGGAGCGACGAAAGCCUCCUUUCGGCGCCAUCAGUAGCGCCGUUCUUCUCAUGAUCAUCUACACCACCUUCUGCGACACCUUCAGCAACCCCAACAUCGAGCUGGACGCCGUCAGCCUGCUGCUGGUCGUCUUCAUCAUUUUCUCCAUUCAGAUCAGCUUCAUGCUCCUCACGUUCAGCAUGUCCACCAGGUCACGCUCAGGAUUCAGUCCAGCAGACACAGUCGCCAUCAUGUUCUGCUCCACGCACAAGUCCCUCACUCUGGGAAUCCCGAUGUUAAAGAUCGUCUUCGAGGGCUACGAGCACCUUUCUCUAAUUUCAGUCCCCCUUCUGAUCUACCAUCCGGCCCAGAUCCUGCUGGGUUCGGUUCUGGUGCCGACCAUCCGCAACUGGAUGACGAGCCAGCAGAAGUCUAGUCUGUUGUUGCGUUAGGGAACACUUCUGUGGGCCCAGAGUGGGGAAGUCAACAAACCUGCAGCCCGUCUGAUGGAGGCGCCACCUUCAGCCAUGUGACCACGGAGGGAGGAGUCUGCAGCCAGGAGUGCCUUAAUCAAUCGAUCAAGCGAGACCUCGGCGGUGGAGGGAAACCCCGCCCACAGUUUGCCUCGAUGCAGCGACAGACUCACGUUUGUGUCAUUCCUACGCUUUUGUAUUUAAAGAAAGUUGUUUUUAUUUUUGUAUGCUGAACACUGAAGAAUUCCUGGGAAAAAGGAACUUUUUUUUUUAAACGGGGGAGGUUGCUAUGGAAACCGCCUACAGGAAUCCAAAAGGGUCAACUUUAUGGGAUCAUUCUGUUAUUUCCUACUUUCUUCUACUCUGGUUUUUCCAGCUUUCACUGCCAGAUGAAACCUUUGUUUGACUCUUUGCUGAAUUUUCUACUCCGUUCUAUAAAAAAUACCAACAGUUUUGCCGCCUUUAUUUACAUACGAGGAAUCUCAGCCAAAUGAAGCUGAAACUCAGGUGACAUCAGGUGAAUUAUACGUUCAUUUCUGUAUUUCCUUGUGUUACUUUAAUUUGGACCUGUAGGGGGGGCUAACUGAAUACAAAUUGUCAAGUUUUUGAAGGUUUAGAUCCAAUUUUGGGAGCAAUAAUUUAAAGAAAUUACCAUAUUUUCUUUGAUUUUUUUUAAGUUUCUGUGCUAAAUACAUUGUAAAGUAUUUAUUUGACACACAGAAUAAAAUGAAUUUGUUUAAA